UUGAGAGCCAAGAGGGUUUGGAUGUGUCCAGCACUCUGAGGGGGAAGGGAAACAGGAUCACAGAAAAGUAGGACUAGAAGAGACCUCUGGAAGUCAUCUAGUCCAGCCACCUGCUAGAGGUAGUGUCGUUCCUGUCAAGACAACACCAUGCAAGUCCUUGCCUAUGCCUAACCUAUUUCUAAAUGUGCACUAUCCACCCCAUCACACAAGGAUAGCUAUUGCCUAAAGACACCCAAAGCACCUUAACUUGCCAUGGGUAAAACACGGGGAUGAGGAUUGCCAGUGUCUCACUGCUACAAGAGUUGGUACAAUGCACUCCAGCACAGGGCAGGCCUGGUCUGUGCUGCUUUGCCCUGGUCCAGGUGGCCUGAGCUGCCUCAAAGCCAGUGUGGGAGUGUGUGUAAUGCUGGCUCUUCCUGAGGCUGGGCAAUAGGCCCACUGGCAUCUCUCCCCAGACUCUCCCUGCUCUGGGCUUGAGUGGAAGUGUGGGGUAGCCUCCUCAGCUGCUUGGGAUCCCUGUCUGAGAUGCUGCCUGUGGCUUGUAGCCAGCAUCUGGCUGUUCUGUGCUUGGCAGCCUGGGGCUCUGUGGCACCUGCCUGAGGGGCGUAUGCAUGCGGCUGUCUCUGUCUGUCUUCCCAGGGAUAUGGGACACACUUGAAGAACCACCUGAAGGAGUAUCACAAAAAGCACAACAUCCUGUAUUUCCUGACCUGCACUGAUGAGUACACCGUUGGCUGCAGCAACUAGUAGGUCCAGCUUCCACCCCCCCUCCCCCACUUCAUUGCCCAGCACCUCUCCUCCACAUCAAAUAUAACAUCAUCAUUACAACUGUAAUGCGCAAUAUAUCUGUUGUCAGCUGGGUGCCCAGCGGGGCGCACAGCAUGCUUCUGAAUGACCUUUGCCCCAAGAAACUUUCCUGCUUGGAUGAUCAUCCUGCCCCAUUGGGAGGCAGGGUUGUGCAGUGCAGCAGACACUGGCCUGGGACUUGGGGGACCUAAUAUGUUCCCAGCUCUGCUUCUGCCCUUGGCCAAUCCACUGCUGCACUUGCUGCCUCAGUUUCCCACUCUUACCCAUGGAUUUUAAGUACUCGAGUCAGGGAUUAUUUCUCACUACGUCUAUACAAUGCCUGGCACAGGGGGCCUCAUCCUCAGGCCUGGGGCUGCUGCAGGAUUAUCAUUCCUUUUGGAGCCUUGGAUGAUGCUUUAUCCUGGGGAACUAGCUCCCACUGAGUGGAGUUUGGCCACUUGGCCCAAAGUGCAGCAGAGCUCGUGUUACUGAUGGCCUGGGCAGGCACCAAUGCUGAACACAUGUUGAUAAGAAACAUACAGAGCAGCCACUGACCUCCCAUUGCCUUUGCUGGGUAACACUUUCUCUGCCAGCUGCAGUAAUAAAGGGUUCAUAAGCUACAGCUGGAGGAUCCCCUGACUCAUUCCAGCUGGCCAGUUUGGUUCAGGUAACAGGCACUGUUAUUUUGGCACAAGAGUAAUCCCUGAGCCAUCAGUCUCUUAAAAAUGGAAGGUGGCAUCUCAAGGUUGUGAAAGAUACAGAGAAUUCUGGAUGGGGCCAGGCCUGGCCGGGAUGGGGAUAAAAGCUGCUGGCUCCCACCAGCCGAGCAGAAGGGCUCCAGCACCAUGGGGGAGGACUCAGUCCCAGCACCCUGAGCCAGUUGCAGAAGCAGAGAUGCUGUGCCACCUGCACCUCCAGCCGCCCUCCCAUAGCGCCCUGGCUUCCUGGGUGAGCCCUGUGUGCACACUAUGGCCUCAACCCAGCGUCCUCUUUGCUGAGCUGGAGCGGGAGGUCCGAUGGGAGAUGGAGCGAGCCCAGGAGUUUAUGAGCGGUUUCCAGCAGCUCUUGGCAGGUGGAGGGAGCAGUAGCCCCAUCAGAGAGCGAGAGCAGAGCACCAGCGUGGCACCGCCCCAGGGAGUGGAUGGGGCCUUCACCAUGUGCCAGGAUGUCAGGGGAUUUGACUCCAAGGACCUAAUGGUGAAGCUGGUGGGCAGGAAUGUGCUGCUGACAGGUAAGAAGGAGACGCAGAGUGAGGAUGGUAAAGGCUCCUUCUCCUACAAGUACGAGGCGUUCAAGCAGGAGUGGGAUGUGCCCGAGGGCGUGGACCCUGACGGCCUGACCUGCUCCAUCUCCAGUUAGGGCCAGCUGUGUAUCAAAGCCCCGUGCCAGGCACUGAUGCCCACCCUCAAGAGGAGUGUGCCCUUUCAGAUCACCUGGGUGGGCAGUGCAGAAGCAGAAGCUUUGCUGGGCUCCGAGGAGGGGGCCAAUGGCCUAGCCAAGGCAUGACAGGGACUGAAAGCUGACAGCUGUCACCCAGGCUGAGCCAGGGAGAGCAGAGGGAGUAGUGUCCCAGAGCAGCAGGAGAGCUGAGACUUAUGCAGGCCCAGUGGUUGUGGGAUGGUGUCAGGGACUGUCUAACUGCCCUUGAGAUUUGUAUCAUGUCAUUUCUUUUAACAUGAAAUAAAUGGGUUUGUCUUUUC